AUUAUUGAUACACAGAGUCCACGCGAGAUGGAACUACCUUCCUUCUCCAAGCAACCUCUGGCUGCAAUAGAACGCGCAGAUUUCGAUUGCUCAAAACCCUACGAAAAUGUAAUUUAUUCGAGUUAUUAUUCUCUGCCUUGAUGAAUUCACUGUCCUGGCUUUUGUUUUUGUCGCAAGACGAUAAAGCAAUGAAAGCAAUAAGAGACGCUUUGAAAGCUCUGAAAAAGCGGCAUUUACUGGAAGAAGGCGCCCAUUCACCUGCCUUGAUCGCUCUCUCUCGCCCGAUUGUGUCUCAGGGCUCAGAAUGGAAAGAAAAAGCUGAAAAUCUUGAAGUGGAGCUCCAGCAAUGUUACAAAGCUCAAUCUCGUUUAUCAGAACAACUUGUGGUGGAAGUGGCUGAAUCCAGAGCUUCAAAAGCUUUAGCACAAGAAAAAGAAUCCAUGAUAGCUGAGUUGCAGAAUGAUCUUAGUCAAGAAAGGAAUGAAUGCUUGCGCCUAAAUGAGCUUUUGGAAGAAAAGACUAAGGCACUCGAGCUGUUGAUAAGUGAACACCAAGAACUUAAAGCACAACUAGAGGCAACUACUCUCAGAGCUGAAAACGCAGAAGCAGAGAACAAAAUGCUAAUUGAUCGUUGGAUGUUGGAGAAGAUGAAAGAUGCCGAACGCCUGAAUGAGGCUAAUGCCAUCUAUGAGGAUAUGCUGGAUCGCCUCAAAGGAAGCAGCAUACAACUUCUCGCCCAUCAACAAGUGGAUGGGGUCGUCCGCCAGAGUGAAGAAGGCGCUGAGUUCUACGUGGAGUCGACAAUCCCAGCCACGUGCAAGUUGAGGAUACCGGCCCAUGAAGGCGGCUGUGCUUCUAUACUCUUUGAGCACAAUUCCACCAAAUUGGUCAGCGGAGGACAGGACAAAGCUGUAAGGACUUGGGACACAAACACCGGAUCACAAAGUCGGGCUCUUAAUGGCGCCCUUGGCUCCAUCCUCGACAUCUGCAUUACUCACGAAAACAAAUUCAUUAUAGCGGCCAGCAGCACCAAUAAUCUGUACGUAUGGGAUGUGGGCUUGGGCCGGGUUCGCCACACCCUCACGGGCCACAUGGACAAGGUCUGUGCGGUUGACGUAUCCAGGGUGUCGAGCCGCAAUGUCGUUAGCGCCGCUUACGACCGCACGAUAAAAGUGUGGGACCUUCAGAAGGGUUAUUGUGUUAACACGCUUAUUUUCCACAGUAAUUGUAAUGCUCUCUGUUUUAGCACGGACGGGCAGACGAUUUGUUCAGGCCACGUUGAUGGGAACCUGCGAUUGUGGGACAUUCGGAGUGGAAAGCUUUUGAGUGAGAUCGCGGCCCAUUCUUUUGCUGUCACGUCUAUGUCUUUAUCGAGAAGUGGGAAUGUGAUACUGUCCAGUGGGAGAGACAAUCUGCAUAAUUUGUUCGACAUUCGUACGCUAGAGGUUUGCGCGACUCUGAGAGGGAAUGGGAGUAGUAGGGUGGCGUCUAAUUGGAGCAGGUCGUGUUUGAGCCCGGAUGACAGUUAUGUAGCGGGUGGGAUGGUAGAUGGGUCGGUGCAUAUUUGGUCAGUGGCUAGUGCGAAACUGGUAACCACUCUAAAGGAGCAUUCAUCGCCCGUCUUGUGUUGUUCUUGGAGUAAUUUGGGGAAGCCGUUGGCUACUUCGGAUAAAAAUGGCAACAUUUGUGUUUGGUCUUAAUGAUUGUAUCGCAAUUCAUAUUUGUAUAUUUUAUUUAUUUAUUGGCUGAUUUGUGUGAAGGAGUUGAAAACGCGUAAUGACCAAUUGACGACCAUCAAAACUCACUACUCAUGUGGUGAACCUGCUGUUUUAUUGGGAUUUAGAGGAAAAUUAGCUUCUGUGGAGAUGAUCUGGUUGUGAUUUUUUGAUAUUUAGGACUUUACAGUAUGAUAAAUAUGUUGAUCGAUUUUUACAAGUGUUGGGGAUUGUAAAUAUUACUCGUGUAUAUCCUGGUGGAAAAUAUCUUUGAUCCACUGAAUGAAGCUCUCAAAAUUGGUGAUGGGAAGAGUUAGAUUUGCGGAUUAUGUUUGGUUUCACUUCUAUUAUAUAUACUGUUUAUGAUUCUCACAUUUC